AUGGAUCACGAAUCAAGAAUCAAGAAAUCCAGUCCGGAAGUUGACAAUGAUCAUGUCGACAUACAGAGAAAAUCAAUUAGUGCUGCUGAGAUGGAGACGACUUUUGAUCCAAUGGUUUGUAAGCGCUUGAAGUUGAAGGCAGACUUCAUUCUCAUUCCUCUGCUAUCCUUGGCCUACUUGUUCAAUUCCCUCGAUCGAAGCAACAUGUCAAACGCUCAUACUGCGGGCCUGGCAGAAGAUCUUCACCUAGUUGGGAACCAAUUCAAUCAAGCCCUGACUUACUACCAGAUUCCAUUCAUCAUUUUCGGGCCACCUGUUACAAUGUUGACGAAGCAAUUCGGUGCGGGCUACACUCUACCGGCUAUGCUAUUGAUAUUUGGUGCGGCCUCGCUCGCUUCUGGCUUCGUGACUUCCUUCAAGCACCUGGUAGCCUGUCGAGUGAUAGUGGGUGCCGCCGAGGCAGGUUUUCUUCCAUCUACCAUCUACUACCUAUCAAUCUGGUAUACUCGUAAAGAGUUGGCCAGUCGCAUCGGUGUAUUCUAUGCUGCACUUACAGCAUCCUCAGCGUUUGGUGGCCUCCUCGCAUACGGCAUGUUCCAGAUAGAGGGUGGUUCCUACUUUCCUUGGUCAUAUCUCUUCUUCCUGGAGGGAGGAUUGACUAUAUUGUGUGGAAUCAUCUUGGCUGUCGUCCUGCCUUCGGGUCCUCAGUCUGCUUGGUUUCUAAAGCCUAGAGAGAAGGAUGUAGCUAUAUUGCGGCUUGAACAAGACUCUGUGUCCACAGUCGACACGAAGUUCAACUGGAAAGAAGCAUUCGGUGAAUUUUACACUCCUCAUGGCUACCUACGCUGUGCGCUUUCGUUUUGUGGUGGCACUCUCCUGACUUCGAAUGCCAAUUUUCUGGCUAUGGUUGUGGCACGAUUGGGAUACGAUGUCGUGAAGACAAACUUGGUAAGCCACUCCAUUCAUCCAAGACUGGCCUGUGGGCUUCUCGGGGCGACCAGCUUUAGCUGA